UUCAUCAGACUCUCACCUUAAAGUCAUGAAGAUGAUCCUGCUCUGCAUCGUAUCCGUGUUGGUAUCUACUCCAGUCUUCUCUGGUCAGAAGAUUGACAGAAGCCGCAUCAGAAUGUUCCCAGCAGCAAACAGAAGCAUCGCUGGAGUUUUCCAGGUGAGCAGUUUAAACUACCUGAACCAGCCUCAGUACGCCUUCAACGCCUCCGACGCCCGUCAGCUCUGCUCGUCUCUCGGAGUCUCCAUCGCCUCUAAAGCUCAAGUCCAGGACGCUCUGGACCGAGGACUAGAAACCUGCAGGUUCGGAUGGAUUGAUGAACAUUUUGCAGUCGUUCCUCGUAUCCACGCUCUUUCUAACUGUGGCAAGAACGAGAAGGGCCUGGUGCCUUGGAGAGCUUCUGUUACACGCAAAUUUGAUGUGUUUUGCUUCAAUGAAACAGAUGCAGAGAGACAAUUGAAGGAUACAACAACUGAGGCAGUGAGCUCCACCCGGAGCACGCUCUCUACGUCCUCCUCCACCCGUCUAACUUCUUCAUCCUCCACUCCUAAAACCUUAGACAACGAGGUGGAACCAGCCCGGUUCGUUAGCACCACACAAAGCUCUACUGGAGGAAAGGCCAUACUCAUCAUCUCAACAUGUGCUCUUCUCCUGGUCGCAAUAAUCAUCCUCGUAUAUGUAACAAUGAGGAGGAGUCAGGCUCUGAGCUCUGAGGUGAAGAAGCAGCAGGAGUUCAUCCAGACAGAAGAGUGGACGUGUGUGAAGGAAAUAAAGGAAACAACAGAAGCUGCUGAGGAAGAAGAGGAGAGGAUAGAAGUGGAUGAUGAAGAAGCUGCUGAGGAAGAAGAGGAGAGGAUAGAAGUGGAUGAUGAAGAAAGUUAAACAUUGUUCUGAUGAGAUAUUUAAAGAAGCACUUCAUGGACAAAUAUUCCUUUCAAGGACUUUGAUCUGUCCCUUGUUUUGUAUAAAAGUAUUGUUGCAGAGUGCCAGAAAAAGGCAUUUAUUUUUGUAUAUACAGUAUAUGUAUUAUCAGUCAUCUGAUGUUAUUAAAUGGUGCAGUUCAGCCACCAGAUGGCGAUGUUUGCUUUACAAAGAAGUGAAGAGUUUUUAUUCUUUUAUUCUUUGCAGCUUCAGAAAAUGAACGUAAGUGUGCACUGCAAAAAGGUGUAAAAACCAGAUAAAAACAGUAAAUUUGAGGGAAAUGAUCUUGCUGCAUGGACAGAUAAUUUACCUUGACAAGAUUUCUUAAAUU